GAGGAAGCUUGGAUUUCUUUCUCUGCUGCGCGUAUCUAACCCCUACUGCAUGUAUUUCACCGCAGGCUGAACAAAGCUCAGACUCAAUUGUGCUUCCUGCUUGUCAGCCUCUUGCCUCCCAAACGCGUACCAUUUCCACUUGAUGUCAUCAGACAGAAGGGGGUGAAAGAGACUCGGUGACAGAUUCAGAAAUGAACACACCUGAGCAUGCUCAAUGCCUGUGAGCUCCCCCAUCACCUCACCACGUUGGGAAGCCUCAGAGAAGGCAGGUGCUGGAGCAGUGGCCGCUGAGGGCAAGCUUCUUCCCUGUGGCCUUGACCUUCCUGUUCCCAGUGCACGAUGGAGACGCUCUCGCAAGAUUCCUUGCUGGAAUGUCAGAUCUGUUUCAAUUAUUACAGUCCCCGGCGAAGGCCCAAGUUGCUGGAUUGCAAACACACCUGCUGCUCGGUGUGCCUUCAGCAGAUGAGGACGAGCCAGAAGGACGUGAGGUGCCCGUGGUGCCGAGGCAUCACCAAGCUGCCUCCGGGCUUCUCCGUGUCACAGCUCCCCGACGACCCCGAGGUCCUCGCCGUUAUCGCCAUCCCGCACGCCUCCGAGCACACCCCGGUCUUCAUCAAACUUCCCAGCAACGGGUGCUACAUGCUGCCCCUUCCCAUCUCCAAGGAGCGCGCGCUGCUGCCCGGAAACAUGGGCUGCCGCCUGCUGCCCGGGAGCCAGCAGAAGCCAGUCACUGUGGUGACCAUCCCUGCGGAGCAGCAGCCUCUGCAAGGCGGGGCUCCCCCGGAGACCCCGGAGGAGGAGCCAGACCGGCGGGGCGCGGUGAAAAGCUCCACUUGGUCGGGGGUGUGCACUGUGAUCCUGGUGGCCUGCGUCCUGGUCUUCCUGCUGGGCAUCGUGCUCCACAACAUGUCCUGCAUUUCCAAGCGCUUCACUGUGAUAUCCUGUGGCUGAAGCGGGCUGCGGGGGCGUGACUGGUGGGUGCCAACUAGGGUGGAGCAGGCGUUGAUGAUGGGACUCGGGUGAGAAGAUGGGGGCGACGCUGAUCAUUUGGUGCCGAGCGCUGGCCUCCGGGCUGCCAGUUGAUUAACCCAAGACAGACAGGGCGGGGCAGAAUGUGAGGUCUCAACAAAGAUGCCGGACGGGUCGCUCUGAGCAUUGAUGGCGCAGCUUCGAAGACGAUUGCAUGCAUCCUCGUAGUCAUUUAUUAAAUGGACUGUAACUUAUGAUUUUUCAAAGUCACGUGAAGAGAUAGACAUAUUCUACUUAGAUGUUGACCUGUGCAAGUGCAUACGAUGUGAUCUUCUCUACAUGUGGUAGAUUAAAACCAAGAUGCUAUGUGUACAAGUAGAAUCCAACCUGAGAAUGAAUCCAUGACCAAUUCAGUGACGACCCGCAAUGCUGUUUUCUUUUCUUUUACAACCGAAACCCAGUCUUCACUUAGUUGCUAAGGCUUUUUAUACUUUUCAAAUGGCGCCCGAAUUUAAGUUAAGCGGACCGUCGGUUUUUGAAGAAACUAUUUGAACAAGUGUUUCCAAUGUAUUGUGUUUUGUUUGUCGUGUUCCUUCAUUUUUCUUCCCUUGUAAUUAGAGCUCGAUAUGUGUUUAUUAAAUGGGAAGCUCAACAGGGGAGCAAUAAACUGAGUAAUGAUGAGAAAUGCCUAAUCCCACAGGAAAACUAUAUGCCAAUUUUUCUCAAGCCAUCUCACAAAAUAAGAAUUUUAAAUGUAAAUAUUGUGUAUUUAUAUGUGUGUGUAAUUCGGUUUACUUCGGGUUUUGAAUCUUUUCAGAAGAAUCUUGGUAGUAAGACUCGGUAGGCAUGAAUGAGUGCAGGGUCUGAAACGGUGCCACCUACCUCCUGGGCACUGGGACCCACUCAGUGAGGAGUCACACACUCGUCACUUCCAACACCUGCUCCUCUUUUGUGCAGUUGAGUUGUGAGGCACAAAUGGAGAGUAACAGAACCUUCUGUCUUUUCUCCCAGUUUGAGAAUAUUGUAAUAGUCACGAGUGUUGUUAACCGAUGAUAAACCUGGACUGGCAUUUUAAUAGACAGACCACAGUUAUUUUUUGAAAGAGAUUAUUGUUCCAUGAGAGUUGAACCAUUCCGAAUUCCAGUUUCCUUUUGUUGUAUAAGUAAGAAUAUCCCUUAUAUCUGGAAAUGUGUUUUUAUUGAGAAAAGUGGUGAGGUAAACCUAGAACUCACAUUCUCAAUUUAAAUGGACCAGUUCAUCCUAAAUUCUUAAGUGGGUAAUGGUCUGUAGAUGCUCACAAAGAAAGAUUUGCUAGAUGCAAUGACGAAUUCCUAUGCUGGGUGUGUGUGUGUGUGUGUGUGUGUGUGUGUGUGUAAAUAGCUGUGAGCUUUACAGUCCUCUUCUAAUUUCCUUUAUGACAUUCCUGAAGCAAGUGGUAUGUGACAAGGACUCCUCUCAUAAAUAUCUAUGUUUAUGUUCCAUUGAAUCCGUGAAAAUAGGGGAGAGGAAGAUAAGCAGUGACGGGCUCCAAAAAGCAAAGCUGGAAAUAACCCUCUAAGAUGGAGACAAUUUAAUUUACUUCUAUGCUAGCUAUGACCUUCAAGCAGCACAAAAUAUGCACAUUAAAGUGAUGGAAAUUAGGAGAGAUAAAAUGACAAUAUAAUGACUAGAAUCCAGAGCCAACACUGUUCAUUGGUGUGAGGAUUCAAUAAAAAAAAAUAUGAACUCGGGCUUUUCAAAUCUUUCUAAUUUUUCAUAAGACCUUUAGGAAAUGUAUUUGAAAGCUCAAACUAGAUAUUAGGUUAAAAUGCCAUUUUAUUGUGUAAGCUAUUGGGCAUUAUACAAAAAUCUAGGAUUUAUUUGGUAUUAAUAAUUUAGGUAUCCUAUUAGCUGAAUGCUAUCCUCUGUUAUGUAACAUAAUAUACUGUUGGGUUAGUGUCAAUUUCUCCAACUGAACCAGGCUGCUGUAAUGCACAUCUGACCCAAUUUCUAUUUCUUUUGGGGG